AUGGUACAAGGCGGUUGCAUGGAACGCAGUAUCGCGGUUGGAGACUUCGGACCGUACCAGAUCCUGUUCUUCUUUAUCAUAUGUCUCCCAGCCAGCCUUCCGUCUGCUUUCUCCGCUUUCAAUCAACCAUUCGUUGUCGGCUCGCCACCUCACCAAUGUCGGCUGCCACCUGGUCGUGACGAUCUCAAACCUCAGGACACUGAUCCGGAUGUGUUGAAAUGUUUCCAGUACAAUCAAACUCAGGUCGACUUCUAUCGCUCCUUCACUUCAUCGCCUAUCCGAGGCUACAGGUUUGGGCGACGUCGCAGUUUCUUCAUCAUCCUUACUUCCCUGGUCGUAUUCGGAACGGCCAACGCAUUCGUCCAG